UGAAUUAGUGGAGCUUUUGUCUAAUUUCAUCCAGACAUGCCAGGGGUCAAUCACCAGUUUGCUGAAUACUUGCUAUGUGUUUUUUGGGGAAUCAUGUAAAGAUGCAUCAGAAUACUCAAUUCUAGGCCUAUAUGAAAUCCGAGGAGCCAAAACAAAUUGCAAAGAUAAGGGCUUGCUUGAAGAAGUUUUCAUUGCAUCAUUCCCAGCAUAUAAGUAUCUUUCAUCCUGUUUGCAGAAUGUUUUUGGAAUCAAGAGAAUGAAAUAUGAGAAAAUCAACGUUUGAUUCAAAUGAGGAACUCCCACUUACAGUGAAAAGCAAGGAUCUUAGAAGAAAGAGAUCAUCAAGAGACUUGGAAGACCAUGAUGAGCAGAACGCUGAUCAAACAGUCACAUUUCCCUGUUCCCUAUGCAACCAUGAAAUUCAUGUACCUGGAAGUUUCUUCCAUAAAAAGCAACAUGCAGCUCUGGCCACACUGGGUUUUCAGUGGAUGGAUGAAAAGAAAUCAGGGCCUUCAGUGAUCACUAUGCAGAGACAGCUUAUAAUUACUAAACUAUUGUCAUCUUCUACAUUCACUGAAAAAACCCUACAGAGUGUUAAUAAUGCUUUUGAGCUACUUUGGAAGAAACAAAUGCCUGCAUAUGAUAUGACCAUUGAUAACAUUCACAGGAAUACCCUAUAUUCUCAAAAAACCUGCCACCUCUUAAUUAAAGGAAUAGCCAUUUGUGAAGACAGGAAUUCUACAUGGAGAACUGCCAUGAAUGAUAAAUUCACUGUAGUGAAUAAUUUUGGCAAAAAACCCAAUGUGUGUUUUUUGGGUUUGUUUGAUGGACAUCAUGGUGCCUCAGCAGCCACCUUGACGUCAACAGAGCUCCCAGUCUUACUUCUGCAUCAGCUUUCCAGAUUUGAUCCUUCCUACCAGAUGACCCCUGAAGAGCAGAAAGUAAUCAAUUCCUUCCACACAGUGUUUAGGGAAGACUACAUAGCUACAGAAGACCUCUUUUCCUCCAUAAACAAAAGGACAGAAGAAUUGAAGUGUGAGUAUGAGGAUAUACACAAAGCCUUUGCAAAAGCAUUCUGGAGAAUGGAUAGGCUUCUACGUCUUGGAAGGAAGGAAGCAUCCAGGGUCCGAUGGAGUGGCUGUUCCGCAGUUACUUGCCUACUGGAAGGCAGCAUCAAAAGUCCCUUUGCUAAGAACUGGAGAAGAAUCAAUGACCGUAAUUGCUUGGCAGAGAGGUUCCCUUGCCAGAUAAUUUCUGGAAUACUACACAUUGCAAACACUGGUAAUGUGCAAGCAGUCUUAUGUAGAAAUGGAAAAGGCUUCUGCCUAACCAAAGAACACACUAUGCGAAACAUAAACGAAAGGCAAAGACUACUUCAGGGUGGAGCAGUAAUUAGUUCAGAUGAACCUUACAGGCUCCUAGAAGGGCAAAUUAAAACCACUCGAGGACUUGGAUUUCAUGGAAAUCUCGAACUGAAGAAAUUUGUUAUUCCAGCACCUCAAACCAUUUCUGUCCCUAUAGAUGACUUAUGUCAAUUCCUUAUCUUGGCUACUAAUGGACUCUGGGAAGUUCUGGAUAAAAAGGAAGUCACUGCACUGGCAAUGACGAUGUUUCAAGCAUACAAAGAAGUGUACUCUUCUCUCAUACACAACAAAUCUUCAACAUCAAAAAAGUCUCUGUUUUCUCCAAUCAACGAACCACGCAAUAGUAAAUCAGAUGGUAAUACCCACAUACUGUUUCAGUUUAAAUCUGAAUCUAAAGAAUGUGUGCCAACUACAAAUACAAAAGAAAAUAUGCCUGAUUCAAAAUACUUUAAACAUUUCACUUAUAACCCUAAAAAUGCACAAACAUUUGUACCAGAAAUGACUUACUGUGAUCCUUACAGCCAGAAAGAAACUGAUGGACCAACCAAUGGCGUGGCCAAAGAUUCAAUUAAAAAAGAAAAAGAGUCAUGUGCUAAGAGUUUCUAUGAGGGUGCAGCUGAACACGUCAGCCGUGAACUUGUAAAUGCUGCCUUAGUGGCCGGCUCCAGAGACAACAUCUCAGUUAUGGUAAUACUUCUCAGCGGAAGUGAGUAUCAGUUUCUGACAUAA